ACCCAGGAGAGGAGGGGAAAGGAGUGUUCCAUGCGGUCACUGGGCCAUGGACCAGGGAAGAGCCCUUAGCUUCACUAGACACAUCGAGACCACUGCAAGGAGGUCGGAGCCAGACUGCCUAGGAUGAAGCUCGUCACUGUGGCCCUGGUGUGCCUGCUGCUGGCUGGGAUGUGGAUGCACGAGGCAGACAGCAGAAGCAUGCACGUUUCGUCCUCCAACUGUUGCUUCAGGUUCGUGAAGAGAAAGAUUUCCUCGCAGAAAAUCCAGUGUUACAAAUACACCAGCUCCACGUGCUCCCACAGUGGUCUAAUACUCAAGCUGAAGGGAGGCAGAGAGACCUGUGUCUUGUCACAAGAAUCAUGGGUUAAGCAAUCUUUAAAACCCGUGAAAAUGUGCCUGCUGCAGUAAACGCGAGCAGAUGUCUUUCCAUCCUCGACUCUGAAAACCACGUGGAUUCACUUGUCCCCUGCCUAAGCCCCCAACCCUACACCAGUCCUUCUGCCCAGCUUUGUAAGAUUGUAGAGGGUUGACUCCGUCUCAAUAAGCUAUGUUGUUGCACUUUAUAUAUUUAAAUGCCAGGAUCUCAAUUCCUGCCUCCCUGGGCUUCUCGGAUUCCACCGGAAUUUCAGGGUGUGAACUUGAUUGUCACUGAGAAGCUGGGGCCAGGGGCCAGGUGGGUGGGGAUGGGGAAGGCAUGUUGGAACCAGAAGAAUUGACUUCUCAUCAACAACA